UAUGUUAAGUUGUCAUCUUGCGUCGUGUUGGAAAAAUUGCAUGUCGCUAUGUUCAGUCAAGUCAGAUCUCGAAAUAAAUAAAUUGGUCAUGGCUGAUAUCGAGGAACAUAAACAUCGGGAAACUAAUUCCCAUGAGGGAGAAGGAACCGAAUGUGCUAACAACCUCAUACUUUGAGUGAUAUAUUGGCGGCACAAGAGUGACAAUGACAGGGGGAUCGGACAGGACGCUCGUUUCAGGAAAUGAGGUGGUUGGGAAGCUUAGUUUGCAAAUCUCGACCAAAAACAGACUUAUAACAGAGAAACCGGCGCCGGCGCCGCGCACCGGUCCCCACGGCGUGCAGGUCGUCAACACGGGCCCGGAGCACUCCUUCGUGCUCGACGAAGACGCGCUUGAGGAGCUGCUGCUGCAAGAUGACAUCAAAGACAGGUCCGCGGUCGUCAUAUCGGUCGCGGGCGCAUUCCGGAAAGGGAAAUCAUUCCUGCUCGACUUUUUCCUCCGAUACAUGCAUCAUAAGUAUGGUGCGGGAGGCGGUGGAGGCGAAUGGCUGGGCAAUGAAGAAGAGCCGCUUUCGGGGUUCAGCUGGAGGGGAGGAUCCGAGCGGGACACCACCGGCAUCCUCAUGUGGUCUGAGAUAUUCAAAGCGACACUCGAAGACGGUGAAAAGGUGGCGAUCAUCCUGCUCGACACGCAGGGCGCGUUCGACAGCGAGUCGACGGUGCGCGACUGCGCCACCGUGUUCGCGCUGUCCACCAUGCUGUCGUCCGUGCAGAUAUACAACCUGUCGCAGAACAUACAGGAGGACGACCUGCAGCAUCUGCAGUUGUUCACAGAGUACGGUCGGCUGGCGUUAGAGGACGGUGGUCGCACGCCGUUCCAGCGACUACAGUUCGUGGUCAGGGAUUGGAGCUUCCCCUACGAGGCGCCGUACGGAGCCCAGGGCGGACAGAACAUCCUACAGCGACGACUCAAGGUCUCGGACAAGCAACACCCGGAGCUGCAAUCGCUGCGCAAACACAUCACGUCGUGCUUCGCGGAGAUCGCCUGCUUCCUGAUGCCGCACCCCGGGCUCCGCGUGGCCACCAGCCCCGACUUCGAUGGCCGACUCACAGACAUCGAGCCCGAGUUUAAGCGUGCGCUGCAGCAGCUGGUGCCGAUGCUGCUGGCGCCGCACAACCUCGUGCCGAAGCUCAUCAACGGCCAGCGCGUGCGCUCCAAGGACCUGCUGCACUACUUCAAGUGCUACAUGAACAUCUACCGCGGGAACGAGCUGCCCGAGCCGAAGAGCAUGCUGGUCGCGACCGCCGAGGCUAACAACCUGACGGCGGUGGCGGAGGCGCGCGAGGUGUACACCAUGCUGAUGGAGGAGGUGUGUGGCGGGGCCCGGCCCUACCUGCAGGCUACGUUGCUAGAGGCAGAGCACGCGCGCGUGCGCGACAAGGCGCUGCUGGCCUUCCGCGCCAAGCGCAAGAUGGGCGGCGACGACUUCAGCCGCUCGUACUGCGAACAGCUACUCCAGGACCUCGACGACCAGUUCCAGCAGUUCCGCGCUCACAACGAGAGCAAGAACAUUUUCAAGGCGGCGCGCACGCCGUCCGUGCUGUUCGCGGUGGCGCUCGUGUUCUACGUGCUCAGCGGCGUGCUGGGGCUGGUGGGCCUCUACCCGCUCGCCAACCUCUGCAACCUCACCAUGGGCGUCGCGCUGCUCACGCUGGCGCUCUGGGCGUAUAUUAGGUACAGCGGUGAGAUGAGAGAAUUCGGUAUAACAAUAGAUGAAUCGGCAAACUGGCUCUGGGAAAACGUGAUGAAGCCCGUGUACCAGGCGGGGCUGGAGAAGGGCAUGGAGCACGCGGCGGCCGUGGCGGCGGAGCGCGCGCUGGGCCCGCCCACGCCCACGCCCACGCCCAGCGCCAACGGCAAGCACAAGCACUUGUGAUGCUCGCACGUGCGCGGCGCUCGCACGCCCCGCCCCGGAGACGCUACGGACGACACAGGACGGUGCCACGCUGCGGAUAACCAAAUAUGGCAGUUGAAUGAGAGUCCCGCUACUAGUCAAGCUCAUAACAGUAACUUUGACAAUAAUCACUAUCGAUCGCGCUCGGAGACGCGCCGUCGACUGGUCCAUCACGGGCGCGGCAGCUGUAGAUGUCCAGCUGGAGUCCGUGGCGCGCAGAACCACACACUCGGUGGACGUAACGAGAAGGUGCGAAUAGUUUGGAAACGAGCAACUAUUGACCUCUCUUGUAAGUGUAAUAUUAGACAUCUAAGUUCACAUUACAGAGAUGCGCAUAACGUGCCCAGUAACUUCGACGAGAUCAACUGGAGAGACUAUUCGCUUUGUAAUACAAACAAUACUUUUACAACACGUUACACCUGGGCCAGGAAAUUUAUCUCAUUGACGUAUAUUGUUGUAACUUAUUAUAAUAGAUUAAUUUGGCAGCAUAGUUCUAGACAAGUGAAACGUCUUAAGUACUUUGCAAUGGAUUUAAGCUCAAAAGUAGCAAUAAAACUGUUAUCAGGCUAGAGAAAUCUUUAAGAGUUUAUUCAUUAUCAUGUUUCCGAUGUGGGCAUCAUACAUAUCAUCCGACCGCUUCGAUGAGUCUAAACAGUGUCAGUGUCCGUGUAUGCGUGUGGCUCGAUGAACGAAUUCAAAUCUUAGUGAGUUUUAAAAGUGACAAGUUUAAUUUUUAAUCGUUUUAUGUAGCUUAGUGGUUGGUUUUCAUAAAUUUUAUGGUAAAGGAAUGUUGACGGUGUAGGUGGGGAGCAUUUUCAAUAGGUCCUUGUACAGUCAUAGACAAAUUAUAUUAUUAGUUAUAGUAUCAUAAUAGGUUAAUUAUUAUUGCUUGAUUAAUCUAAUAAGGAGCGCUCAAUGUGUAAAAACUUACCUUAAGCAUGUUCAUUGACUUCGAACAGAGUCAAUUUUGAAUAAAAGCCGUGCGAGGAACACUUGUAUGGCCAUGCACGAUGUCUUGGUUUUAUGUGUCUCAAUAUAAAUAUAACGAAUUUAACAGUUCUCGAUCGAGUUUCUUUAACUUCAUCUUAUUUUUAAAUAAGUGAAUGACGUUUAUUUUAAAUAAUAUCUCUUAGAUUAAUAAAGCAAUACAACUAAAUACUUAGAUUAAAUCUUUGUGACGGCAGACUUUGAAUCAUUAAAAUAUAUAUAUAAUAUAUAAAAUGUAAAACUGAUGUAAGAUAACCACUCUUGAAAGUUGAAAAGUUGCACAAAUUAUGAGUUUAUAAAUCAUGUUUCAACAGGAAUCAGAUCAAGACUUUUAAUCACUCGUUAAGUUGCACUAUAACUGUUGAAAGCGUACUUAAAAUGUAAUUAUGAUUGUAUAAAAAUAUUGUUUGAAAUAAGUAUCAUAUUGUUAAGACAUGGUUGGAUUUUGUAAAUACUGUUUCAAACAUAUAUCGUUGUGUAUGGUUUAUACCACGAGUCGAAUCCCUAAGGAAGAAGAUACUCGCACCUCAUAUGUCGAUGUGCGUGACUAGAGAUAAGCGAGACGAACCUGACGUAUAACACAACCUUAAGAAGUAAUUUGGCUAUUGAAGGUCAUGCGUGUUAACCAAUGAGCGUACAAGGGCAAUUCCUUUGGGAGGUCGUUUCGUGGAAUGGACUUUAGUGACGUUAUUCCUGAAUGUGCCAAUUUCAAGUCGAUGUUUUUAAAAUGUAAUCCAACGUCACAGUGGGAACAAAAUAUUUUUGAAUACUAUUAUGUUGUAAAAUUCAGAGUUUAUUUCGUUGUUUGUUUACUAAACUCGGAAUAAUUUAAAAGCCGUUUGUUUCUGUUCACCUUUAACUAUGUUUUAAAUACAGGAAUUUUUAAUUUUACAUUGAUUUAUGUAAGACUUAUUGAACAUAAUAUAAUAAGAUUACACGAAGUUUUAAAAAGACGUGUGAUUUUAAUUGUGUCGAAAAUAAAAAACACGAAGUGUUACCCCGAGACUUUGACAAAAGUUUACAUGUCAAAGGGUUUUUUAAUUAAAACAAUUUCCUACAUUAACUUACAUAUAUCAUGAAAAACAGUUAUAUUACUUUGUAGUUAUGAUUGACUUUAUAUAUUUAAGUACAGGGGUUCGAAUCCGCUUCUAAUCAUUUGUUUAGCAUUACAGUUAUUUGUGCUUUCAGCUUGAAGCGCUUAUUGUUAUUUAUUAAAUUGUUAUAUUUUGAUUGUCGUUAUAGUAACAAUUUUAUUUCAUUGCUUACUUCAUUUUUGCUCAAAAUGCCAUUGCCUCUAUAAUUAAUUUUAGGAUAUUAAUUAUCUGUAUUUUUAGAUAAUCUUUUUUUGUUGGCAAUGAAAUAAUUCGAAAUUGCACUUUAGAUGUACAUACACUCUUUCAAUUAUUAUAUAAUAUAUAGUGUUGAAUUAUAAACAAAAACUAUAUAUAUUUUCAUAACCCAAAAAUAUAUAAAGUUUUAUCUUGUUAAAAUCAAAUAUAAAUUUCGUUAAACCGUCGACGGAACAAUUGUAAACAGCCAUCCUUAAAUAAUUUCUUUUUGUACUUCUCUCUUACGCCUCGGAUAUCUAGUGCCAUAAGCCUUCGUAAGGGCGACCGAUCCAUACUAACUAUAUUCUACAUCUAUAAAAAACAUAACAGAAAUACUCGUUUUAAAAAUGUAUAUGUUGAAAUAAAAGUAUAAUUGCUCGUUUUCGUUUGAUCACGUUAUGCGGUUAUAGUUUUAUUUCUGAUGGGAACAGUCGCCCUCACUUUCUCGUAAACGUUAUAGUCGGCUUGGGUAUGAGUUAAAUUUGGUGAAAAUAAAUUAAUUUUAAAUCAAUUAUUUAAAUAAAGUUAUUUAAUUUUAUA